AUGUCCGCCAUGACCCAAGAUAAUACUUUCUGGAAUGAAUAUUCUUCUCUCCAAUACAACCAGGAAUUUAGCAAACGGUUAGAACGAUCACUAACAUACAAGAACAUGCUCACUGAAUAUAAGGAAGAAGAAUCUGAACUUAUGAAUAAAAUGCGAAGAAGAAGAAAAUACAAAGGCAUAUUCCCUUGGAAUCUUAUGACUGAGUUCAUACCAUUGCACGAGUUGAGAUUAAAAAAAGGACCAAUUCCUUCUUUAUUGCCAAUAAUGGAAGAAAAUCCUCAACCUACAGCGUAUCGACACCCUUCUUCUUCGGAAAAUGCUCCAUUGCUGGACGGAAUUCGGUCUAGAUGUCAAAAUUCAUACACAGAAGAAACUGAAGACGACCCUGGACCCCCGAUGACUAAAAUUUCUGAGCCAUACUAUGAGAAAAUAACAAAUGAUGUUGAUAUAUUCGAGAGUUUGGAUUAUGAUACAAUGGAAAAUUCCAUUUACCAUAAAGAACUUUUAUCAAGAACAAACUUGCGGAAUAUAUAUGUUUGUAUGGUUCGUUGGUUUAUUAUGUUCCUGAUUGGUGCCAUUACUGGACUGAUUGCCUGCCUUAUAGAUUUUGGAGUAUCAAAAGCUUCUGGAUUAAAAUUCACAUUCAUCAAAAAACAUUUAGACAGUUGUGUCAAAAAUCAUUGUCUCUGGCUUGCAUUCAUCGUAUGGAUUGGGUUUAAUGCUACAUUUUGUUUGGCAGGUUCCCUAGCUACAGCAAUCAUCGCACCUAUUGCAUCUGGAAGUGGCAUCCCUCAAAUUAAAUGUUUUUUGAAUGGUGUCAAAGUCCCUGGAGUGGUACGCUUGAAGACUCUGAUUGUUAAAGUGUUUGGUGUUGUAUGCGCUGUGGCUGGUGGACUCGCUGUUGGUAAGGAAGGUCCAAUGAUUCAUUCUGGUGCAGUGGUGGCAGCAGGAAUAUCGCAAGGCCGAUCUUCAUCUCUUAAAUUUGAUUUAAAUAUGCUUGAAUAUUUCCGUACUGAUACUGAAAAGCGUGACUUUGUAUCUGGUGGAGCUGCUGCUGGUGUUGCUGCAGCUUUUGGAGCACCUGUUGGUGGCGUCCUCUUCAGCUUGGAAGAAGGAGCUAGUUUCUGGAAUCAGGCUCUUACCUGGAAAAUUUUUUUCUGUUCAAUGGUUUCAAGUUUUACACUGAAUGUGAUACAAAGUUAUGAAAGAAAGCAUCCCUGGGACCUUAGUUACCCAGGUCUUAUCAAUUUUGGAACAUUUAAUUUUAACGAUUACUCUGGUCUGGAAUUAAUUAUUUUUAUGUUCAUGGGUGUCUUUGGUGGCAUAUUGGGAGCUAUAUUUAACUGCCUAAAUCACAAGUUAUCCCUUUUCCGACAGAGAUAUAUAAAAAAGAGUUUGAAAGUUUUAGAAACCAUCAUUGUAUCCAUGGUAACAGCUGCCUUAUGCUUCCUUAUUAUUUAUCAUCUUCAAGACUGUCAACCAAUGAAAGAAGCUCCUGCUCAAUACAAUAUUCAGUUUUUUUGUGAUGAUGGACAGUAUAGUGCAACAGCAACCAUGAUACUUCAAACUCCUGAAGAAAUAGUAAAAAACCUUUUUCAUGAACAAACUUCCUCCUUCAGCCCUUUGGCAUUGUUCUUUAUUUGUCUGUGUUAUUUCUUUAUGUCCCUUUGGACAUAUGGUCUGAUGAUCCCCAGUGGACUUUUCAUCCCUUGCUUUUUGAUUGGUGGAGCAUGGGGUAGAAUUUUGGGACUGACUUUGAGAAACACUUUCCCUGGAACAAAAUUUGCUGAUCCAGGUAAAUAUGCAUUAAUAGGUGCUGCUGCUAUGCUGGGAGGAGUUGUGCGGAUGACAAUUAGUCUAACAGUUAUCAUCAUUGAAGCUACUGCCAACAUUUCUUAUGGUCUUCCGAUUAUGUUAACUAUCAUCAUGGCAAAAUGGAUUGGAGAUUUCUUUAAUGAGGGAAUUUAUGAUAUUCACAUUCACUUGGGAGGGGUUCCUCUUUUAGGAUGGGAACCAUCGUACUUUGCAGCCUGCAUGAGUGCCAAUGAAGUGAUGAGCCAUCCAGUGACUGUCCUUCGAACUGUUGAAAGAGUUGACCGUAUUAUGCAGAUUUUGCAAUAUGAAACUCACAAUGGUUUCCCAGUUGUUGAUAAUUAUGAUCCUUAUGCACCAGUUGAACGAAGCAAUCUAGAAAGAAUACAAACAUUUGGAACUUACCGAGGAAUGAUUUUAAGGAAUCAAUUACUUGUUCUUUUAAAAAUGAAGGCUUUUAAUGAAAGAGAAGAUCUUUAUCACACAAUAAGAAAUUUUCGUAAUAAAGAUUUCAGAGAAGAAUAUCCCAGAUUUCAACCAAUCCAUAAAAUUAAUGUUUCACCACGAGAAAGAGAAAUGCAUAUAGACCUCACACACUUCAUGAAUGCAGGAGCAUACACGGUGGCUUAUAAUUCAACAUAUCCUCGUAUUUUCCGGUUAUUCAGAGCUUUGGGAUUACGACAUGUCA